AUGUCAUCAGUGGAAUCACACCAGAAACAGUUGAUGUCAGAUCCAUCCCCAUCACCAAACUCAUGUAGUUCCUUUGAGCUAAUAGACAUGGAUGCUGGCAGUUUGUAUGAACCAGUUUCUCCUCAUUGGUUUUAUUGUAAAGUAAUAGAUUCUAAGGAGACAUGGAUUCCUUUCAACUCUGAGGAUUCACAGCAGCUGGAAGAAGCAUGUAGCUCUGGAAAAGAUUGUAAUGGGAAAGUUGUCCCCACCGAUGGGGGCCGGUAUGACGUUCAUUUGGGGGAGAGGAUGCGGUAUGCUGUGUAUUGGGAUGAGCAAGCAUCAGAAGUGAGACGAUGUACCUGGUUUUACAAGGGAGACAAAGAUAAUAAGUAUGUUCCCUAUUCAGAGAGCUUCAGCCAAGUAUUAGAGGAAACUUACAUGCUUGCUGUAACUCAGGAUGACUGGAAAAAGAAACUGGAGUCUCCCAACAGAGAAAUUAUUGUAUUACACAAUCCAAAGCUUAUGGUGCAUUACCAGCCAGUUGCAGGGUCUGAUGAAUGGGGUUCCACACCCACUGAGCAGGGUCGACCAAGAACAGUGAAGAGAGGGGUUGAGAACAUCUCUGUUGACAUUCAUUGUGGGGAACCUUUACAAAUAGACCAUUUGGUUUUUGUAGUCCAUGGGAUUGGACCAGCUUGUGAUCUCCGCUUUCGAAGCAUUGUACAAUGUGUUAAUGAUUUUCGCAGUGUUUCCUUAAACCUGCUACAAACACAUUUUAAGAAAGCCCAAGAAAAUCAGCAGAUUGGGAGGAUAGAAUUUCUUCCAGUCAACUGGCACAGUCCUUUGCAUUCUACUGGUGUGGAUGUAGAUCUACAGCGAAUAACCCUGCCCAGCAUUAAUCGCCUAAGGCACUUCACCAAUGACACAAUUCUGGAUGUCUUCUUCUACAAUAGCCCCACCUACUGUCAGACUAUUGUGGACACAGUUGCUUCUGAAAUGAACCGAAUAUAUAUACUUUUUCUGCAGAGAAACCCUGAUUUCAAAGGGGGUGUAUCCAUUGCUGGUCAUAGUUUAGGUUCGCUUAUAUUGUUUGAUAUCCUAACAAAUCAGAAAGAUUCUUUGGGGGAUAUUGACAGUAAAAAGGAUUCACCAAAUAUGGAUCAAGGAGACACACCGACAAUAGAGGAAGAUCUGAAGAAACUUCAACUCUCUGAAUUCUUUAGUAUCUUUGAGAAGGAGAAAAUAGAUAAAAAAGCUCUGGCUUUAUGUACAGACAAAGAUCUUCAGGAAAUUGGAAUUCCCUUAGGACCAAGAAAGAAGAUAUUAAAUUACUUUAGGACCAGAGAAAAUUCAAUGGGCAUUAUUACAUCAACUCCACAAUCAGCUUCAGGGUUGAAUAUGUCUAAUAUCCCCAAAGAAUCUGAGUUCUGCAGUAGUGCUGAUGGUACUGGAAAUGACUAUCUGGAUGUUGGCAUUGGGCAGGUAUCUGUAAAAUACCCUCGACUCAUCUAUAAACCAGAAAUAUUCUUUGCUUUUGGAUCUCCCAUUGGAAUGUUUCUUACUGUCCGAGGACUAAAAAGAAUUGAUCCCAACUACAAAUUUCCAACAUGCAAAGGUUUCUUCAAUAUUUAUCACCCUUUUGAUCCUGUGGCCUAUAGGAUUGAACCAAUGGUGGUCCCAGGAGUGGAAUUUGAGCCAAUGCUGAUCCCACAUCAUAAAGGCAGGAAGCGGAUGCACUUAGAACUGAGAGAGGGCUUGACCAGGAUGAGUAUGGACCUUAAGAACAACUUGCUAGGCUCACUGCGGAUGGCCUGGAAGUCUUUCACCAGAACUCCAGACCCUGUCUUACAAUCUUCUGAAACCACAGAAGAAACUGAAGCAGAACCUGUGUCAAGUUCAGAGAAGCCUAGUGAUGUUAACACAGAAGAGACCUCUGAGGCAGUUAAAGAAGAAGUCCCCCCGAUCAAUGUGGGAAUGCUGAAUGGAGGCCAACGCAUUGACUACGUGCUACAGGAGAAGCCCAUUGAGAGUUUCAAUGAGUAUUUGUUUGCUUUACAAAGCCAUCUAUGCUACUGGGAGUCUGAAGAUACAGUAUUGCUGGUCCUCAAAGAAAUCUAUCAAACCCAGGGUAUCUUCCUUGAUCAGCCUUUACAAUAAAAAUGAAUCUUCUAUGGCUAUCUAAUAUGGACAUGGAGGGGUCCUUCAACAGAAAAUCCACCUGUUUGUUGCUGCAGUUUUCCUCUCAGCUGCGUCAUUUCUUGCAUGUUGCCUGUCACUCACCGUUGGGGGCUUUGGAAGAUUAUCUUCCAUUUUGGAAGUGAGUGGAAAAGCAAAGGAAAGACACCCUAUUAUUUUUUACCACUGGCUUCAUAUAAAUACUUGCCAUUCUUUCUUUAUAGCUGGGGGUGGUUUGCGUCCUUAAUUCUUUGAUGACAUUAUAUAGGUACCAGACUUUAUUGCCUAUCACUUGAGAUGGUAGUAAAUCUGCUUUGAGUUUGAUUUGUUUUGGGUUGGUAAGAUUUUUCCUAGGAAAUGUUUUAGUUUGGAAGCACACUGUUGAGAGUCAGCAGGUAAUUGGGGCACAUUCUUCUCUCACUAGUGUUCUCUGCAUUGAAGGCUACGUCUAAAUGGAUAUGGAAAAGACUGUUGGGCAGUCAAAUUCUGUUGAGCUAUCUUUUCUUUUCUAUGAAUUCUGCAUGAAGAAAGACUAAAAUGUAACUUGAAGAAAUUAUUACUUACUCUCUACAAUUGAGUGACAGGUUUAUUGUUAGGAAUCACUGAUGCUAUGCUGUUCAUUGUUUUUCCAGCUGUUUGGAUUCCUCUGAGAGUCUAAAGUGGACAGUUUAGUUCACAUUUGGUACACCUUUAUAAAGCAAAGAUGCUGUAUAUCUCGAUGAAGUCUGAUUUAUUAUUUGGUAGUAGCUUCUGUUCUUAAGUUGAGGGUAAAGCUAUAAAGGCUGACAAACCUGAAAUUAUACAGCCUUGAAUAAGUAAAAUCUUACUCUUGCAUUUAUGGUGAAAUACAAUUUGUGUCAGUCACCUGCCAUGUUAACUUGAACGGAGGUAGUAUUGUGUGUCCUCUUUAAAAACACCUUGUGAGCAUCAUUGCCUACUUAGGGACCCAUACAGCAGAGCGCUUAUUUAAAAGGCUCACGGCACAGGCAGUAUUGGUUGAGCAGGUAGGUUUGGCUAUGCAGUAGUCAAGGAACAGCUACUCCAGAGUCAGUGUCAGAACAUGCAAAGUGAGAUGUAUCUUGAAGAAAAUGGGUGAAUGUGACUGAUUUUUUUCCAAGGCAUCUACUCACCACUGUCUUUCUCAUUGGUCAGUUUGUCAUUGUCUUUGCAGUGUUCUUUGUGAUACACUCCUCUCAGAUUUCCACAGGCCAUUGAGUGGCAUGCCAGGCAAGCUGUUUUUUGUUUGUUUUUAAUAAAGGUAGCAAGGUAUUGUGAAAGCACUGGCAUUUAACAUUCACUUAAGCCAUCCCUUGGAAAGUAGUGUUUAUCCCUUUCUGAAGAAAAAAGGAAGGGGAAAAUUAAUUACUGUCAUCUAGAGAUGGUAGAGGUGAGGUUGGGGUAUAGGUCAGAGCCUGGCCUUUCUUUGCCCAUCUGCUUUAUAGACUAAUGAUGACUAACCCACUAAGUAGUUUCAGAUAAUAUUGAAUACUUUAUUUCCUUUGUAUGUAAAUUCUGAGUUUGAAAUAAGGGUUGAGAAUUAAGUAGCAUUCAAUAUAUAUUAGAGGGGAAGCUUUUGCCCUUCAUAUCAGCAGAAUUGGUACUAUUUAGAAGUAAACCAAAGGACAAGCAAGAGUGAGUAUAACCAAAGAUGAACGGCAUAACCCUGGAUAGCUGGAUAAACCACUGCUUGUUAUAAGAAAUGUUUCUAUCCUGCUGGUAUGGGGCAGUAACUGUGAAAGAGCUUUAUAUGUUGUCUAUCCACCUAUGGUGUUAUCAUGAUUAUAUAUUAUAGAGGGUAAUAAGCUUGAUUUUUUCCUCUGGAAACAAAUAUUUAUUUAUGUAGUUGUACAGCUUUAUAAAGAAAAGUAAUGAAGGCAAAUAACUUAGAGCUAGAAAUUCUUAAGUAUUUUUAGAAUCUACCAAUUUCAACAUCUGCAGAAUAAGGCAAGCUUGAGUGGAUAGCAAAAUUGUCUCUUAGUUUCCGUCUGUCCUUAGUAGUUGAAUCAAUGGAUAUCCUUAAUGAAGUUAUACUGUCAGUAAAGGUUAAUUGUUUCACAAUUAACCAGUCAUCUCUGUACUAGUCAUAACAGUGAAACAUUAAAAAAUGAUGACCAAAUGGAUGUCAAAUAUACUCUUAAAUAACACCUAACAUAGCAAGUUUCACUUGAUUCAGAGAACUGCUGGGUAGGUGAACACGUGGAGGUGCAGUGCAGGGAGUGGUGCGCCAGGAGAGGGCAUGGAAGUUCCCCAUCCCUUCCCACCCUGGCCUUGUGCAUUGUCUCCAUCUGGCUGCUUUUGCAUUCAGCUGUCAACGUAAGAACAUCCAGACCUGCCUCUCUCCGUCCUUGCAUGUCCACUGCCUUAAUCAUAAGCCCUAAAGACGAUUAGUUUUGGUCAGCAGCAGCCUUAAGUACGAAGCCUCGGGUCUUAUUAACAUGACCAUUUUUCUUCUUUGUAUUUUUUGCAACUUCCCCAAAUCUCCAGAAAGAUCAGAUAUGCUUAUUUCUUGUUCAGUUAACAGCCAGAUGAAGAGAUUUCAUAGGGCCAGGUCUUGAACAAAGUUUCUGUUGUCUUAGAACUUGGGGGCCCUUGCAUGCUGGCCCAUGAAAGGAUUCCGAUUCCUCAACUUGGCAACCCCAAUAAGCUUGAUUUAAGUCCUUUAUUCAGUUGUAUAUCUUGUUAAUCAUUUUUUUAAUUAGUUGACAUACAAUAGUUUCAGGUGUACAACCCAGUGGUUAGACAUUCUGUAGUUUACUAGGUGACCAUCCUGAUAAAUCUCGUAUCCAUAGGACACCAUACAUAGCUACCAGACUGUUAUUGACUAUAUGCCCUAUGCUGUACUUUAUAUCCCAUGACUGUUCUGUAACUACCAAUUUAUACUUGUUAAUCCCUUCAACCCCCCUCCCAUCUGGCAACCAUUAAAAUGUUCUCUGUA